AUGUCUAGGUUGGAGCGAAUAGUACCCGUGAACAACGUUGGAUCCUGGGGAAUAAUCGAUAAUCCCUUUCUCAGUGUCUUGAGGCCGAGUUUGGAGAUGUCCAGACCAUCAAUGGUGAUGCUGCCGCUAUCAAGAUCAACGAACCUGAAAAAGCUGGUAAUGAUCGUAGACUUUCCGGCUCCCGUUCGACCAACAACACCAACUUUCUCCCCUGAAUUAACAUGGAAGGAAACGCCAUCAAUGACUCUUGGAAGAUCUGGUGCAUACUUAAUAGAGAUGUUCCUAACGUCAAUCUCUCCCUUGGACGGCCAAGAGUUGACGGGAUCUUGCGGCAGUUCCAUUGGGGGUUCUUUAUCAACUCCGUCCACAUACUCCUGCACUCUCUCAACACCAUUCAUCUCCAUCUCAACAUGA